GAUUCGAGCGAAUGGUUUGACUAACAAAGAUCAAUGGGCGUAUCGGUCGAGCAUUAAACAUUUAAUUGCUUUAGUAGUUAGAGCACACGUCUGGUUUGGCCCAAUAAUAAAAAACUUUACCGUAAUUUGUCAGUGAAAAGUGGCAGGCCAUAUUAUCAGUCGACAAUUGUAUAAAUGUUAACACGAAAAUAACAUUAUUUCUGCGCGCUGAUAAUAGCUAAAGGGCAAACAAAAAAAAUUGAAAAUUGAAACUACAAUGUCCGAGAAUCAGCUGCCUAUGGUUAGUAGAACCCAGACCGUCGUCGACUACGGCAGUACAAUCCGAACGGAAUCGCAGCGCCGUCCCAAAUUCAUUCCGCUCGAGUCCCCGCGUCGCUAUUCGAAAAUGGGCCACAAUUCGCUUUCCGGUCAUGAGUCUCAAAAUCGUCUCCAGAGAUUAGAAUACUUUCUAAACGUUCUAAAUCAGAUGUGCAUUGGCUUUAUCACCAUCUACAUUUCCUACUUGACCCUGCGAACUGGAUUAGCUGGAACCGGUCUACAUGCUUGGCUGGUGACAAUUGGCUUCUCCUUCUUUAUGGCCGAGGGAGUUAUGAUCCAUUACGGUGGAAAUGUUUUGACAAACGGAUAUAAACGUCAAACAAAGACCACAAUACACUGGGUCCUACUGACAUUAGGAGGCGGUUGUGGGGCAGCUGGUGCUCUUAUCAAAAUGAUACAAAAGGGGUUUUUGCUGCAAUCAACUCAUGGGAGGCUGGGAAUGACUGCUUUUGUACUAUGCAUUCUUUCCAUGUCAUCCGGCGUGGCUGCACUAUACUCCCCUCGCAUAAAGAAAGUGAUCUCGCCGUUGCUAAACAAGACAUUCCACAAUUUUCUGGGAUAUGCCUGCUUUGUGAUCGCGCUGGUGACCCAGUAUUAUGGCUAUCAGACGGGUUACUUUAAGAGCCGCAGUGAGACAGACUUUCAAAUCCUGAUGAAGUGUCUCACCCUCAUAUCGUUGGUUUUUUCGAGCUACGGGCCAAUGAAGGCACUCUAUCAGAAAUUUAAAAGUAUAUCUCAGCAGUUUUAGUCAAGAGAAACAAACUUAGCUUUCGAAUGUACAUAAAUAGAUAAAUAAAUUUAAAUUCUGUU